AGCCCUAGCUAGGAAUAUACAGUAUGUCGCAAAUAAAGAUGGCAGACGACAUCUUGAUCGAAGGAGCUGAAGACUUGAUCAGCAAUUUACCAGAUGUGAUCCUCCAACACAUACUAUGCUUUCUUCCCACCACCAAAGAAUCCAUCAGUACUUCCCUCUUGUCUAGACGUUGGAGGCAUGUGUGGUGCGAGAUACCUUCUUUCUCCUUAGAUGUGGAUACACUGAAGACUGCAGAUUCGGUAAACCAAACCCUAACUCGCUACACAGCUCCCAAGACAAAGAGUUUUCACCUCACAGUAACAUCCUAUGAAGAGAACAUACCAUACAUCGACAGGUGGAUCAAGUUCGCCAUGUCACACGACGUUGAGUAUCUAUCCCUUGACCUGGAGUUCCUUGAACCGUAUAGGCUUCCUGAUUUCUUCUAUAAUAGUUUUUCUUUCAAACAACUCAACAUUACAUUAAGCUCUUCCCAAAGGAUUGUUCCCAAGUGCAGUACUGUAUCUUGGACAUCCUUGAAGAAGUUAUCUUUGAGUUGUUGUAUUCUCUCUGAUGAAUCAAUGGCCAAGAUUCUCUCCGGUUGUCCCAUCCUUGAGAAUCUUUCCUUGAAUUUCCUUCCUCUGCGUAAUUAUUGUGUCUAUAGGCUUCCUGAUUUCUCCUACAGCAGUUCUUCUAUCAAGCAACUCAGCAUUACGUUAAGCUCUUACCAUAUGAUUGUUCCCGGGUGCAGUACUGUGUCGUGGACAUCUUUGAAGAAGUUAUCCUUGAGUUGUUGUAGUCUCUCUGAAGAAUCAAUGGCCAAGAUUCUCUCCGGCUGUCCGGUUCUCGAAGACUUAACGUUGUCUAACUGCGAUGAACUAAAGGUCAUUGAUCUUAGCAAAUCCCUACGUCUGAAAACUUUAGAAGUAAACUCUGGCGUGACAGUCGGGGAGCCAACGCAGAUUGUGGCACCACACAUCCAUUUUCUCAGAUUGUUAAACCCUCAUUACUCAUCAUAUACUUUAGUUGAUGUCGCUUCUCUAACCGAAGCUGAGCUUGAAAUUUCCUUUUUUGAGAGUCACAUCAAAACUGAUUUUCUCCAACUCCAAGUCAAGGUGCUAGAGAUGCUAGAUAAGUUACAGAACGCAGAGAAGCUUACGCUUGGUGGAAACUUUAUUCAGAUUGUAUCUCUUGCUGAGAUUGGUGGUGUUCCUUUCCCGAUGCUCAAAGUCAAAUCAUUGACUCUUGAUACAAAGAUCUGUCAGUAUGUUAUUCCUGGCAUAAAAAGACUGUUACAAAACUCACUUGAUUUAGAGAAGCUAACAGUACAUGGAAAGACUAGCUUCCACGUGCCGGUGCAGAUUCUUUACAUUUACUUGGAAUUACAAGGCUUAAAUGUGAACAAAUGGUGUCGAGCAAAAAAUCGAGCCGCAUGGGCCAAGCUCUGUAAGGAUGCAAAAUUAGAGCAUGUGGUUUCAUUAGUGGAACUCAUGCUUAAAAACUGUACAGAGAAAAUAAACAAGAUGGUCGUACUGUUGGAUGAACGUUACCUUACUUUUAAAAUUGAAGACCUGACUGCAACACUUUCUCAGCACAACAAUGUCACCAUUGUGCUUUUCUCGCACCAAAUAGAAAUAAAACUUGAAAACGAUGGCCUGAGGAGACGAGAUGUUGUCCCGAAGUCGUCUAUUCCUCUCGGACCAGAUACAUGGUACACUGUGGCAUGAGACACAAUACGUUUCAAUAAAGU